AUGCUAUCCUUCACUAUUCUCAGCUCCAUUCAAAAUAGCAAGAGCAAAGCCUUCGCCAGCAUCGAUUACAUUACUUGGGACGAUCUAAGAAUCCCUAAUAAUAACACAAGACCAGUGUCUCCAAUACAAUUGGACGAUCCCAAUAAUAACGUUACGACGACGACGAUAAUCGUCGUCGAUCAGCAGGGAUACGGUAAUUCUACGACAGUGCAGGGCGCCGUCGAUAUGGUACCGCAAGAUAACAAGGCAAGAGUCAAGAUUCACAUUCGUCCCGGAGUUUACAAAGAGAAGAUUUUGGUUCCAGAAAAUAAACCGUAUAUUUCAUUUAUUGGCGAGAGAGGUCAAGCGUCACAAACUGUAAUAACUUGGCACGACAAAGCUUCUGACCCUAAUGGCCUUGGCGGGACCUUGGGGACUAGAGACUCGGCCUCCGUCACAGUGUUGUCGGACUUUUUCUGCGCUAGAGAUAUCGUCUUCGAGAACUCAGUGGUGGAGCCUCCAGGUGGAGUAGAAGGGUUCCAAGCAAUUGCAUUCAGAAUCUCCGGUGAGAAAGCAAUGUUUUACAAAGUAAAAUUUUUGGGCUCACAAGACACACUUUGGGAUGACUUUGGAUCCCACUAUUUUCUCCGGUGUUACAUUAAAGGUUCUGUUGAUUUUAUAUUUGGCAAUGGAAGAUCUCUCUAUCGAAAAUGUUUGAUCUUUGUGGCGAGCAAUCCGUACGCAAUAGCAGCCCAUCACCGAGACACAGCAGAUGAAAGCACUGGCUUUUCAUUCGUAAGGUGCAUAAUUAGGGGAAGCGGGCCGGUGUACCUAGGUAGGGCAUGGGGGAAUUACUCGCGAACAAUAUAUUCUCAAACUCAAUUUGACCUUGAAGUACUGCCUGAAGGAUGGAGCGAUUGGGGCUAUCCAGAUAGAGACAGCACUGCUAUGUUCGGAGAGUAUAAUUGCCGAGGUCGAGGAGCUGACCGAAGCCAAAGAGUUCGGUGGUCGAAAGCUCUAACUUUUUCUGAAGCUCAACCAUAUCAAACUAUUGAAUUUAUAAAAGGACAACAAUGGUUAAGAUUAUAA